AUGAUUCUUUUUAUCAGCAUAUGGUGUACAAACACAUCGCACCAUAGCUCACUUAGAUUCGUCGGGACCAACUUGUACUGGCUGCCGACGUUGGAAUCGAACGAUGACAUCUGGAAUGUGCUGAAGAACAUAUCUGAUACCGGUAUCAAGGUCAUCAGGAUUUGGGCAUUUAACGACGUGGAAAUCAUUCCGGAGAGUGGAACGUGGUUUCAGUUGGUACAGAACGGCACUACUACAAUCAACGACGGACCGACUGGACUGCAGAAACUUGAUACAGUGGUUCAAAUGGCAGAACGACAAGGGCUAUAUGUUAUCAUGUCACUAACGAAUAACUGGAAUCCGGUACCUGACACAACAUCUUCUGACAUUGCAUCACGUGAUGUGCUUGAUGUUCCGCGUAACACUCUUUCAAACGACUAUGGCGGUAUGGAUCUAUAUGUCCGUCAGUUCGGACUUCAGGACCACGACGAUUUCUACACGGACGACAAUAUCUUGACCGCCUUCCAGAAUUACACCAAGCAGAUCGUAUUACGCUAUCUCAACAGCCCUGCUGUGUUCAGUUGGGAGCUUGCAAAUGACGCUAGAUGCAACUCGACCCUGCCCACUAGUCCAACGUGUACCACACAAACCGUCACAAAGUGGCACGCUCUGAUGGCUGAAUUCAUCACGUCCAUUGAUCCCAACCACAUUGUCUCUGCAGGAACAUCUGGAUUCCAAUGCACAAAUUGUGCGAAAUUGUACCCCAUUACACCAAGAGCUUCGCCUACGCCUUCGCCCUCUCCCGCACCUGGAAAGAAGCGCAGCAGAGUCAUCCCUUUGGCACGAGAGCAGAUCACAAGGCAGCGUGCUGAGUCGAGACGCCAAAACAGGGCAGCCGCUGAAGAUCACUGGGUAUCUACAGCAACGCGAGAAGUUUCCAGCUCGAUCGGCCCCACAACGGAUGGUUCAUAUGGUGUCGACAGCCAGGACAUCCUUAACAUCCCCAACAUUGGCUUCGGUUCUUUCCAAGUAUUUCCCGACCAGAACACGUACGGUCCCGAUGACCCAAACCUUGACCCCGUCCAAAACAAGAUCAACUCGAGUCUUACGUGGAUUCAGCAAUCAGCUCAGUUUGCUGCCGUCGUUGGAAAGCCUCUUGUCCUCAACGGAUUUGGUCUAGUCACCCAAUCCAAUUUGAACGACUACGUCCCGUUCAACAUGACUUGUGCUCCUUACGCAUCUAGUAAAGGUAAUAUUGUCGUAGUUCAGCGGUUGACAACAAUGUACUCAUGUUCCUAUCCCCGCAGCGGUUAUGGGUGUCACCGCAGCAGUUAUAGGAUGCCACCACGACGACAAAUUUUGCCAAUAACACGCAACAAGAACAGGGUUACAGCUCAGUUUUUGCAGAGUGCGUAA